CAGUUUUGUUCAGCAUUGGACUUGGUAGCUCGCAAUUAUAACAUCGGACGCAUGAAUUUCAAAAGUGCCGGACUAUUUUUUUUUUACUCAAACAAAGUAUAAGUGUACACUUCUUUAAAAAAUGACAAGCAAGUUUCAAAUAAUCACAUUGGAAAAAUUCACGGGUUAACAACACGGAAAAAUCAUCGAUUUAGUUGGGCAUUAUGACGUCAAAACAGCGAUUCUCAUUAAUUGCCCGUAAUUAUCCAUCGUUUCAAGAGAUCAACCCAGUGAAAUUAAAUGCAUACAAAUGGAUGCAAAGCAGAAAGCAAGAUGAUAAUGCCGAAGGUUUCUGGCGAGUACAUGACACUUUGUAUGAUCUUACUGAAUUUAUUGAUUUGCAUCCGGGUGGCACUGACUGGAUCAAGCUGACAAAAGGAACAGACAUAACAGAAGCAUUUGAGGUGCAUCACAUAAACUUUGCCAAAGCCGAGCAUUUGUUGAAAGACUAUUGUGUUCGAGAUGCCAAGUUACCGAGAAAUUUUAAAUUCACAUUCAAAGAAACUGGUUUCUAUCGUACAUUGAGACAACGAAUUCGUGAAAAACUGAAAACAUUAAAUCCAAAGCGGGCUGAAUUGAUGACAAAAGUUUUUAUCGAUAUGUUGUUGGUUUUAACCUUCAUAACAUCAAUACUCAGCGCCAAAUAUGACAAUCGAUAUCUAAUGAUAUUGUCCGGUUUAUGCAUGUGUUACACAGUGAUUUCAGCUCACAAUUUCUUUCAUCGGCGGGAUAACUUCAGAAUGUUUUACUUCAAUUUAUCAUUUUUCAACUACAAAGAAUGGCGGAUUAGUCACGCCAUGUCGCAUCAUUUGUUUCCAAAUUCAUUGCAUGAUUUGGAAGUGACACUAUUCGAACCGCUGCUUUGUUGGAUUCCAAUGAAAACCAAAACUUUCGGCCAGAGAUUCAUUUCCUGGAUUUACAGUCCUAUUAUUUACACCUUUGUAUGCCUCGAUCAACUGGUGAAACGAAUUCUAUUUUCAUUCACAUCCAAAACAAACUUAUUCCAAUCAAGCGAUUUGGUACCAUUGGCCGUACCCUUUGCAAUGCUCAUAUUUGGCAAUUCAAAUCCAUUCACCGUUUUCAAAGUUUGGAUGCAAAUUAUACUAGCUAAUAGCUUCAUCUUUCAUCUGAUUGGAUUAAAUGCUGGACAUCACCAUCCAGAUACAUUGCACGAGAUGGAUAAACUACGAGAUGAUUUGGAUUGGGGAAUUUAUUCAAUGGACACAAUAAUGGACAAUACAGAUUUGCGAAAGCAUCAUUUUCUAGCUUUAACACAUUUUGGUCAUCAUGCGUUACAUCAUCUCUUCCCAACGAUUGACCAUGGUAUAUUAUCAUCAUUGUAUCCGAUUUUAUUCGAAACGAUGAACGAAUUCGAAAUUGAACUUGAAGCAUAUCCAUGGUAUCACCAUAUUUACGGUCAAUUACGACAAUUGACACGAAAUUCACCAAAAACAUUCGAUUCAUUGGAAAAAUUGCGACGCAAGCAGAUCCAGAAAAAAAUCGAAUAACUUAAUUACAUGUUUAUGUGUAAAAAAAGGUGACAACGUGAUAUUUUUUUAUAUUAAUUGACAUUUUUUGUAGAAUACAAGUCACUGUGUGUAGUAUAAAAAUCAAUAAAAUUGAUAUUUUUUUCUUAUUAAA